UUUGUGGCAUGUCAUAGUUCGAGUUAUCGAAGUUCGACUGUAUAUAGAUUUAUAAAAAUUCUGGCAUCUACGCUCAUGUAAAACAAAAUUGAAGAUUUUUAAAACGCAAUGCACCGAUCAACGUUUCCAACAAGUUUAAAUUGUUCUUUUUUAACUUUUUAUGUGGAAGAAAAUUCUUUUUCAUAUGUAUGUAUGUGUAUUUGAAUUAAAGAGCAGAUAGAAGGGCUUGUGUAAUUCAUAAUCGAAUUUAAUUGAUUAAGUGGUGAGCUCAACCUAAAUUCACUUGAUAUGAAAUGUCAUCACUACUUUGGUUAUGAAUAAAAUUCAGUUAUUCAUGCCUAUUAUGAUAAACGUCGGAUGAUAUGCGGCGGGAGUUAACUCGAUCCGCACUCGAUUCACUUUUUCACAAAAAUGGUAUUAUUGUUACCGACGGAUGCACUGCAUUACAAUCCGUGAACUGUGUUAUCAGCAUAAUCAGCUGUGCAAAAGGCCAAUAAAUAUUUGUUAAAUAAAAUGGAUUCAAUAGCUUUUUUUUUGGAUUUUAAUGAAAGUACAAACAAUGAUGCAAGACGAACCCGGAAAAAAGUAAGGGAUAAUGCUGUUGACGUGUUCCAGUUGCCGGAUGAUGUAUUUGUUAAGCAAUUCCGUCUUAAUAAGAUAGCUUUCCAAUAUGUUCUUAACAUAUUAAAGAGGGAAAUGCUUCCUGUUAUUAAAACAUGGUCGAUAUCGCCAGAGCUCAAACUAGAAGCCUGUCUAAGAUUUUUUGCUGAAGGGGGUUAUCAAAAUGGUACUGGGCAGGAUUUUAAUAUUGGCAUGGCGCAGUCCACAGUGUCCAUAGUACUGUCAGAAGUUUUAAAUAUUUUAGAGGCAACACUAUGCCCCAGAUGGAUAAGUUUGGCAAUGACCGAGACUGAAGAGCUUGAAGCCAAAAGAUAUUUUUUUGGAAAAACAAGAAUUCCCGGCAUAGUUAUGUGCGUAGAUGGCACCCACAUAAAGAUUUUGAAACCUGCUGGAGACAAUUCGCACCUUUAUUAUAAUAGGAAAGGAUAUUACAGUAUUAAUGCAAUGAUAAUAUGUGACCAUAAGCAGCGAAUAAGGUAUGUGAACAGUAGGUACGCAGGUGCAAGUCACGAUUCCUUUAUUUGGGAAAAUAGUGAGGCUUCAAGACAUUUCCAAACCAUGUAUGAAAAUGGACACAGAAGCACUAGAUUGUUGGGUGACUCUGGAUACCCACUUUUACCCUGGCUGAUAACGCCCUUCCGAAAUGUCGGAGCGAAUACACCCCAAAGCCGUUUCAAUAAAAGCCAUAGCUCGGGUCGCAAUAUUGUUGAACGCACAAUAGGUGUCUGGAAGAAUUGGUGUCGAUGCUUGCUCUCAGCUCGCCAACUUCAUUAUUCUCCGGAAAAAGUGGCUCAAAUUGUUAAUGUUGCGGCGGCACUUCACAACAUUCGGAUCCAUUAUAAUAUUUCAGACGAAUAUUUAGAAGGGGUUUUUGAAAGUGAAGAGUAUGAAAAUGGCGAGCCUGUACAACAUCAAAGAGGUCAAGUUUACAUGAAUACAUAUCGCUUCAUCAUGACCGCGGGCAUGCUAUACGGACUAGUCGCCGUCCUUGCGAUUCCUUCCAUACUUCGUGUGCUUAUUUGUACGCGUCAAUCAUCCACCUGUGCCACAGCUUUUCGCCGCUAUACUCGUACAAUUCUGCACACCAACGCAUGGUAUGAUUUUUCACCAUCCAAAGCCAACUCGAAAUUUUGAACCAGCUUACGUGCGGUACGCAAAGCGCAUUCAAAAUCUAGUAGGGCAUGUGACAAACUAGGCGCAGGACUAAUCACGCAAAAAGAUCUCGCUUUAACGCAAUUUGGUUUUAUUGGAUAUGCGACGCUAGGUGCGCCACGCGUGCAACUAUACGAUGACGAGUUCUUGGAGAGUACGGUGCAUAUGUGGCGAGUGCUGGGCUACUUGAUCGGCAUUAAGGAUGAAUAUAACAUUUGUGGGCGCAAUUGGUCUGAAACCAAGCCACGUCUGGAAAUUGUGAUGCGACGUGUAUAUGAACCGGCUUUAGAGAAUACGAGUGCUGAUUUCGAGCAGAUGGCAAAGGUGUUUGUCGAUGGAUUGUGGCCAAUAAAUACGGCGCUCACCGUGGGGUCGGUGUUAUUUUUUACAAAGCGAUUGACUUAUGUGAAAGGAUACGAAUACUAUGAGUUCGAUCAUCGUCCCGGUGUCACAAUCGAUCCGAAACAGAAACUUUACUACUAUGAUUUGGGUUGGUAUGAUCGUUUUCUCGUUUCGUACGGCCUCUUUCUGGUGACAUAUCUAUACAAGUUCAGCAUUGUGCGUUGGUAUCUCAACUUCCGCGUCCGGUUGAACAACUUGAUUUCAUAUUACUUGCCAUACGUUGCAUUCUGGAAAUUUGGUAUUAAAUGUUCAUAUGUGCGCAUCUUCACCAACGAUGGCAAUGAGAAGGACUUCGAGUUCCACUUGAAGGCAGAGUGAAAUACUUUGCGAAAAAUUACAUGUAAUAAAGUUAUUUAAAAUAGAAAAGCUUUGUAUACCUAUUGUAUACUCGUGCAUAUGACGAGUCAUAAAUGAGUCCUGAACAAAAUUGUUAAUAAAAACUAAUUUAGUUUUGAAUAACUUACAAUUC